AUGAAUGAGUUUCAAGUGAUGCACUCUUACCUUCCCGUUCCUUCCAACCCUGGCCAGUCUGAUCCUUUGGACGAAGCUAGCCUCGCUGCAGUCCUCCUGAAUAGUACCGUUCCUGAAACUCCUGCGCCUCCCUUGAUCCCUUCCCCUUCCCAACCCAGCCGGCUUAGCUCCCGAGCCCCAGGACCUGGAGAUCACAGUGGGACCACAGUGACCUCAGGAGGAGCCCCGGCUUACUAUUCGGGACACUCGCAAGGCUGCAGUCAGCCCAGUCCUCCUUCGUCGGUCCACGAGAUGGCCCCUUGGGCCAGUUCCACCUGGGCAUCCUCGUCCCCGCGCUACCCUGAGGACGCAGUAAGCUCAGAGGUCGACAUUUCCAAGGCCAGCGGCACCUCACCGGCUGCGACUCCAGCUACCAGCGAGCUCGAGUACGGUAGGGUCGUGCCCUACUCCCAGCUCAUCUGGGAAGCUCUUAUGGCCGCCGAGGAUCACAUGCUGCCUCUCCAGGGCAUCUACGAGUGGUUCCGGCAAAACACCGACAAGCCCAACGCCGAGUCGGCCAAGGGUUGGAAGAAUAGCAUCCGGCACAACCUUUCGAUGAAUGCCGGAUUCGAGGCCCUCAAGGUGGAGGGUGCAGGUAAGCGGACGCUGAGCUACUGGCGGCUCACCGAGGAGGCGGUCCAGCACGGCGUCCAGUCCACGACUCGAUACCGCAAGGUUGGCGGCAAGAGAGGUGGGAACUGCGGUCUCCCUGACACGGCUCGUCAGCGCCCCGUAUCGCGAGGGGAAAGAAGAGUGCCGGCAUCACCAAGCGCCAAGGCUCGAGUGAUGGUCCGAGCAAGAACCGCGCUAGUCGCAGCCGGUCCUCCACGGUGCAGCGGGUUCGAGACGCAGUCCAAGCUCACCCGGGCGUGGUGUCAAGCUCCCCUUCACGACAAGUUCGGCAAAUGGGCUUGA